ACUCUGUCCUCUUCGAGUGACGCUUUUUGUAACCAACGUACAUGGACGUGUGUAGGGUUUACGGUAGUAAUCAAGUUGAAGCGAUUACAUGAUAAAGCCAUUGCUGUACACAAGUUCUAUGCAGGUGCAGAUGUACAUGUACAUGUACCGGUACAGGUAACUACUCACUGCACAUGUAAAUGCACUUGUGGCUGACGUCCACACAUGCUGUGAGUUUGAAUAAGGGUUUGCAAGCCUGUCUGCCACUACUACAUGUAGGAAUGGUAAUGUUGGCGGAAUGCAUGUAUGCGACUGCUAGCCUUGCUAUACUGACACAUGUAUGGAGGACUUUAGCACGGCAUUGGUGAAUUGUUGAUCUACGCAAAUGGGACCGUACAGUGACUGUGCUGGUGUAAAUUUCAGAUGCAUGCACAAGGCACAGUAUGUGUCAUACUGCAAACUGAGAAGGGAAAGCCUUUUUAUAAGUUAUUCAUCUGAUGGGUUCUGUUCUGCACGUACGUAUGAGAUUAGACUGUCAGCACCGUAGUCUGCCGAUCAAUGGGCUGAUCACCUGGAUCGAUACUCACCAGACCUCCUGAUGGUCUAGAUGGUAACGGCACAACCCUAGGGGCUGACCGCAGCAGUGAAGGAGUGCGCGGCAUCGCGCUCUCGUGGCCCAACGACUGGUACCCAAUGAACGGCGGGCGCUUUGACUUUGAUGAUGGGGGCUCCUACUGCGGCGGAUGGGAGGAGGGCAAGGCUCACGGCCAUGGGGUGUGCACGGGGCCCAAGGGCAAGGGGGAGUACUGCGGGUCCUGGCACUACGGCUUUGAGGUGACAGGAGUCUACACCUGGCCAAGUGGCAACACCUACGAAGGACACUGGGAGCAUGGCCGACGCCACGGGCUUGGGGUGGAGAACAAGGGCCGCUGGGUGUACCGCGGAGAGUGGACGCAGGGAUACAAAGGGAAAUAUGGCGUGAUACAGAGCCUUGCUAGUGGGGCACGCUAUGAAGGAACCUGGAGCAGUGGGCUGCAAGAUGGAUAUGGGCAGGAGACAUAUGCAGAUGGAGGUAUUUAUCAGGGCCAGUGGGUUGGUGGAAUGCGCCAUGGUUGUGGGAUCCGUAACAGCGUGCCUUUUGGAAUGGCGUCAAUCGUACGACCGUCCCUCCGCACGUCCCUCACGUCGCUUCGGAGUGAACAUGAGAAUGGGUCCAUUGCCUCCGUCCCAGACAACUUUGGCCAGCGAGGGGGUUUCGUCCUGGAUGUCUCGGACGACGGGACAACAGACACAGAGAGCAGGAGCGGGACCAUGAAGCGUGGUGACGCCACCCGAAUGAGCAAAGCCCUGAUCGGGCUGAGAACCAAACGGGGCAAGCGCGAUAAGAACGGGUCGGGGGGCCACAAAGACAGCUCAGACAGCGCCGGAGGGAGUCUGGCCUCCUUUCGCCCCAAGCUCAAUCACCAAGACUCGCUGAAGAGCACGGAGAGCGAGAGCCGUAUGAGCUCCAGCUCACUGCAGUCCUCUGUCAUGGAGAGUGACUUCAGCCAUCCCAGUCACCUGAUGGAGGAGGAGGCCACUGGAGACAUCACUGAGGUUUUCUUGGGGGAGUGGAAACAGGACAAGCGUUCCGGGGUUGGGAUCAGCCAGCGAUCUGAUAACUUCCAGUACGCGGGGGAGUGGCACCAAAACAAGCGGCACGGAUACGGCUGUCUAACCUACCCAGACGGGCACAAAGAAGAAGGUAAAUGGAAGAACAAUAUACUGGUGGCCUCGGGUAAGAAGAAACUGUUUGUGAUUGGAUCGAAGAGGAUUAGCGACCGAGUAGAGCGAGCAGUAGAGGCAGCCAAUCAAGCAGCUAAUAUUGCCAGACAGAAGGCCGAUCUCGCUAUAUCACGGGCAUCCUACGCACGAGAGAAAGCAGAAAUGGCCGAGACUGCAGCUUCAGAAUCAAGAGAAGAAGCCUCCAAAGCACGUCAACGUGCCAAAGAGCUCACCGCUUCAUUACCUCCUAGAGGUAAUGUGUCAAGACUUGCUGGCUUUGGGUGCAGGACGGCCAACGUUCGUUUUGCCAACUCCCUGUCGCCUGAUGGUAUAUAUGGUGGUACAGGAGACAUCAAGCUUGAUCGCAAGAAGAGUUUCUUCGGUCGACACCUCGGAGGCUUUGACAGGAAGAGUCACAUGCGAGGCACGAUCAUCGAAGCCAAACAGGAACCUAGCUUUCAGACCCCAACCCACUCAGCGGACAAUAAAAGCCACCCCAGCCGGCUAGUCAAUGAAUGGGAUGGUAGAGGAUCCAAUCCGACUUAUGAAUCAUCCGCCAUGAGGGAAUCCCACUCGACGGGAAACCUGUUUGACGGGAGUCCUGUGCCACGGAGGCGAGUGCAGUCCUCUGACCAUCCAAGCAACGGAGGUCAGGCCUCCUUCCAUCCCAGGAACCAGCAUGGUGAUGUCGGGGUCCGUUUCAAUGGGUACCAGGACAGCGAGUACAGUGCGUCUGAGGGUUACUAUGACGACCGGCACCACCGCAUGUUACCAGACAGACGGUAUGUCGGUGAGAGAGGGUCCGCCGAACUGACCCCAGAUUCUGGCAUCAGUACAACCUCUGAUUCAGAUCGCCUCCGUCGAGCUGUGUCGGACAGGAAACGUACCCUGGCAAAACGCCAACUAUCUCGGCAAGAAGGAGUGGAAGAGGAUAGUUACGACCGUCAUCUGGGGCCAAGCCAGGGUCACAGUCGCAGUCAUUAUGACGAGUACGAUAGCUUUAAUGUAGACGAAUUAGAAGAGGAUUUGAUGUCACAAGCUGCCUAUGCCAGCGCAAGGUUUGACGAGGAAGGCGAACAAGAAAAACUCAGGCAACAGAGACAGAAGCAAAAGAGCAAAUUCAGCAAGGAAGUCACGCUGAUAUCGGACAUGCCGCCAGGCCAUGUGCGCACAUUUGACGGAAAGUUCCCCGCCCGUUGCAAAAUCAGAUACCUCCCCAAGGCAAACAGCCGCGACGAAGACUGGACGGACCCUGAUCUUGAUGCUGAGGGCGCUCUUGCCAUUCAAGCAGGAAAAGUGCAGAGUUGGUCUGCAAGUCGGAGUCUUGUCCUUCUGGUGCUUAUCCUCAACAUUGGCUUUGCCGUGCUCUUCACCAAUUUGUUUCUUCAAAUGGAGGAGGAAGAGGACAACUGGGAAGGCUGGCCUUGAGGGGGAGAAUCCCAAGUCUCUGAUUGGAUGCUCUUACGUGAUCUUAAUGGUGAGGCCAGGGUGUGCGAUGGGUCAGUGAAGAACCAGGUUGGAAUCUAGCGCUUAUGACUUGGUGAAACUAGAACAGGUGCUGCUCUGUGAUUGGACAUCACCAACUUGUGUCCCUGCAGGUACUGGAGGCAUCGUCAUGAAGUUUAUCAAAAAUAUAUAUCCCCCCCCCAAAAAAGGGAAAAAAGGAAAACAAAUUCCUGAUUGCUGUGUGAGUUUUUAAGAGUUACAGAUUUUUAUUUAGUAGUAUUAUUUUUAUCCAUUUUGGGAACUGGUCCCAACUUGCCUAGAGUUGAGUGUGUGACGAGUGUUGGAUGUGAUGAUGAAUAGCACCCAACAAUUCACAAAGACCCAAGUUGGGUUUUGCCAAUGACACCCGAGUGCCUAGACAUGUACAUGUAGAAUUUGACUACACUGAAGUGAAGGAAACAUGGAAAUCAAAGUUCAUUAGGUCUGAAGUGAAUAGAAUUAACUAAGUAAUUAAUAAGACAGAGCUGAAUUUCCUUUGACCUUUCCCCCAUACUCUUAAUCAACUCUUCACCAUAAUCUUCUCUCAGAAAGACAACUACAUGCACAUGGGUCAAAACCACUUUCUUCGUGGUCCAAAGACUUUUUGAUUAAAAAAAAAACAAAUUCAAAACAGAACACCAAAUUCUUUUAGACUUUGUUUUUCUCCAGUGUUCUUUAAUGGUGUCAGUGACUGCUCACAACAAGGUUGAACACAGUUGUAAAUACUGCACUAUCGGUAAUGGAAUCAGGAGUGGACCUUACAUUGUUGCAGUACAUCUGUGGUGGAAAGGAGAAACUUAGCUCUUUUUGUGUGUGUUUGGUGCUUGUGUAGAAAUGGCUAACUAUUAUUACUUCACUUUGGCUAGAGGCAAUAUUUAUUUCUUUAGACCAAUCUUUUGCAAUUCAUUUUUACAUUUUUACCCUCUUCUCUGGAAGUGUGCAGUUCAUGUAUAUCUGUCUCUUACAUCGCAGAAUUCAGUACCACAUGUAAGCUUUGCGGCAGCCAAUCAGAAUACAACCUGUUUCAUAGCUUUUCACUUACAAAUCUGUAACACACUUUAGAGAAAUCAUAUAUUGUGAAUAUAACAAAUCCUGCCACUUUGUUUAUCUAAAAGGUAUUUAUUUUGUGGAAAAACUGUAUUAAAAGAAAUCAACUCAUUUGAAUAUAUAUUUAAGUUAUUUUAGCUUUUCAUUGUAUUCAGGAAUAUAUCUGUUAUGUCCGACAGUGCAAUCUUUGUUUAUGCUAGAAUGAAGUGGGACAACAUAUCUGAGGGAUGGGUUUAAGAUAAAUUAUGUUCACAAAUUUGGUCUUACUUGCCAAACAGUUAUGGUCACUAAACAGCAUGUUCAGAUUGCUUUUCAGAAGUAGGAUCGAACCUUAAUGUAGGAUUCUGUGGGAUAUGGUGAAUUGUUUCAAAGAGAAACUACCGUGUAAUAGUUAAGAGAUAUAUAUGUGAUGCGAUGUGGGAUCAUCGGAUUGCCGGUGCAAGAUAUUUGUUGAAUCGCUGUCAAACAACUGUGAAGGACCACAGAUUUUGGUCUUUGUCACCAAUAAGCAAAUUCAUGUGUGAACACAUGCACACUGCUGCCGUUUCGAAGGAAAAGAACUUCACAAGCAAAACUUGUUGGAAAUGGGGGGGGGUAUAUAAAUGUUGGAAGUCUAGUUCUUGAUGCCCUCAGGUUUUGAAACCAAAGAGGCAAAAAAUUUUAAAAAAUGAUGGUGCAAAUGUAACCCUUCGUAGUAGUGCACACCACUGAAGUGAAAUGGUUGGGGCUGUUGACUUCUUUUCCAAAUAAUGAUAAUAGAUUCUUGCCAGAAGGGGGUACUGCCCUGCCCUCCUUGACCCUCCCAUUUUGGGGGUAUCUGGCACAUUUGUUGAAGUUUACAGCAGUAGUUGCUUUUCUCUCAUUGUUCAGUUUGCGGGAUAUUAUUUUUCCUGUUCCAGUUUGGGAUGGAGAACAUGGAUAUUGCAGAAGUGAGUUUUCAGGUAAAUCCAAAAAUACUAACAAGGCUCUCAUCUCAACUGAGUGUUUGGAAGAAAGAGAUGAUCUGCUUACGGAAAUUUAGCACCCACUUUUCUCAAUAAGGAAUUGAGUAUAUACUACCUUGGCGUCAACUUAUUUUUAAGAAGUUGAGAGUGUCACCAUUUGUAACUGUAUGUGCUUCAUACGAGAUGGUUUGUUAGGAAAGGUCGGAAGUUAAACAAUCUGUACCCACGGGAACAUCGUGAAAUGUUCUCUUUCAGUCACUAACGGGAGAUGGUUUUAUAUUUUUUGUAUCUUGUCGUUUUGUAAAUGUUGCUUAUAAACGCGGCUUGUGCAGUAUGUUUGCAAUGCACAAAUUAGCUUAUAGAAAUGAAUAACAUCACUAAUACGGGCAAAAGUGCCAAAAAGCUACUUUAUUACCAAAAUGACUAAUAACUAAACCUGUGAUUUUACAGUUGGGUAUUUUGUAAGUGGCGAGGUCCUGGAUCACACAGGAUGGCUGACUAAUGCCAUAAUUGUGAAGUACAUAUCUCAUAAACUGUUGUAUAAAAGGAAGACCAAAUUGGCCGUUAACACGAUCACUAGCUGGAGGUUUCCAAAUCUGGGCUUCAUGUCCGAUUCAACUUCAGGCUUUAGUUGGGGCAUCUCAGCUCAAGACAGUUCAUUUUCCGCAACAGAGAGAUCAAGUUGCCUAUUAUGGGGCCCCGUUACUUGGACUAUUGACUUUGGUUCCAACAGUUACCAUUUCAUACUGACUGAAGAGCAUUAGACAAAGCUUAGAGCAAGGGGGGUAGGCCCUAAUGUCAUGAGUUAAUGACCUGUGACUUGGUUUACCCAGACCCAGUCACUAUAAAUAGUGCUGACGCACCAGUGAGUACUGGUUGUGUUUUUGUGUACAUGUAACAUUUUGCAUGGUUUUUUCAGAAAGGUAUGUUCGGAGCUGCAUGCGAUGUCAAAUCAGGAACAUAAAGUAUUCACUUUGAGCUCUUCUCUCUUUAAAAUGCCGCUGUUUCCUUUUGUAUACCGCUAAUUCCUUUUGUAUAACGCUGAAGUCGCUAGUCAUGUAGUUUUGGCAUCACUAACCAUACUAAUAAGAUCCUCGCAAUGCUUGGGUUUCAGUGAGAUCAUAAAAGGAAUGUUACUUGCGCACUGACAGUUUUAGGAUUCUAGCAUUUUUCGCUGGGCUUUAACUCCAGUUAGCGGUUGGUUAGAAAAAAGUACCCCUUCAUACAUUCUGUUCGUUCACAAUUUUUAUGAGUAAAUUUCUAAGCAAAUUGAAAUGAACCAGUUUUAUUGAUUUGCUUCUUGAGGAAUAAGAUGAAAGUUAUGUCUGAACUCGUUGGCCGAGGUUAGGAUGAGCAAGAUACAGUGUAACGCAUGCGGUGUCCACAUUUAUAAAGGGUGGUGCGACUGGUUAUGCAUUAAAGCCGAUUACACGUACUUGUGAAUGUCCACACGUUUGAUUAGUUUGUGUGUGUAUAAAUUUAUGUUGACUCCACAUGCAUGUUGACUCCAAUAUCGUGCAUGCUACUUUGUGUUUGUUUUAUGCAGACAAGGACCACAUUUUUUCGUCAUUCUUUUCAAAGAAUCUUUUUUUCGGCUUGAUUAUGUUUGCUUCAGUAUUUUCGGUCGCAGUUUAUUUCUUGUGACACAAGUUCUUUAUUUUAAGCAUUUUAACAGGAAAAGGAUUUCUAUAAUUGUAUUGGGGAGUAAGUCAAAAGUCAAACGUAUGGCAAUAUACGGUCCCUUAAAACGCAUCUCUCACAGGCAUGUCGUCAGAAAUUAAUAUGUGAGAUAAGUUUCCAUUCAGUUUCGCCCGUACACAGCCAUUCCACCUCACCAUUGUUAAUGCCAUUUCAUUUACCAUUUACCUGAAAAAAGUCGUGCUACUGCAGUACCAAAAAUCCAUCCCUCCAUAUGUUUGUGUUAGUCUAUAUAAUAGGCGUACUUCAUAUUUCCAUCAUAGCUUAAAGUUAAGUUGGUUGCGUUGUUGCAAACAUGAUUCUUCGUGGCACGCCGUGUACAUGCGACAUUAUGACGUCUUGAGUUAGUCUAAAUCCAUCUGUCCGUCCAUUGGAUGUUAGGUACUAAACUUUCAGCCAAUAGGAAUGUUUUCAUUACGUAACAGCGCGCUUGUCAACGGGAUGCGCGAUUACAAAUAAGGAAGCGUGUGCUCACAAUGGACGUAAUGGCCGUAGCUCUGGAGGCUGGUACUGCACAGUCUAACGGCAGUGCAGGGAUUUGGUCACUUAAAAAGCCAGGAUAAUACCUUGAGAAAUCCACGUUUCCUUUGUCUGAGUUAGGUCAUAAAUGCAUGAUUUGUAGCAAAGGGUAUACGAUUUUGGUUUGGAAAAAGCAAAAAGGACCGAUCUUUCCUCACAGCGUUGCUUUUUAUCCAUGCAUAAAAUACCAACCGAAGUUUCAGUUGAAACCUGAUUAUUGUUUGGUUACUAUUUACUCUUUAUAGAUUUUAGUCCACGAAAUUAUUGAAAAACAAAUUUCCUUGUAGUAAAUUAAUAGACUUUAGUUUAGUUGGCAAAACUGAUUUUGUGUAUUUGGACCGACUUGGCCUUGAAGGUCUUUUAGGUUGUGUGUCAUUUUUGAAUAUAAAUAUUGUAAACAUGUAAAUCUUUAAGAGAAAAUCAGGUUUUGGACAACUUUUCCACGUCAGGCAUCUUAAAACAACUCAUGAGAGAAAAUAACUAAACACUAAAGUGUCUUGUGAUAUGUACUGGUCAGUAAUUGUUUAUACGUUGUACAUUAAAGUAAAACAUUAUUUAUAGUCACGUUGGCAAAGCAUUUUCACUGUUGUAUUUAUGCACCUUGUCUUUUAUGAUGUAAUUUGUUCAUAAGGGCAUUCACACGAUUCUUGCGUCCAUGCUAUGAGAAUAACAUUCGCCUUGCUUUUCUAAAGUUUGAGGUUGCACUGGUCCAGAUAAAAAGGCGAAGCGAUUGGGGGACUUCGACCAAAAUGUCAUAUUUAAUGCAGAACGUUACCUCUAAAAAGACGGGAGAAACUUACGGUGUUCUGUAACAAGCUGAUCCUAUGCUAGUGGAGGGCUGUCUCUGAGUGUCAGCCACAGUGACUAGUACCUUUAACAUGACACGUACAAGAGUUUGUUUGAAAUGGGGCAUUGUUUGAUGUCAUUCGCCAAACGUCGGCUCCGUCUGUGAAUCUGGUUUCGUUUCAGACCUCAGACCCAUUUUUAAAGCCUUUACUUUCAAGCUAGAUGUGAAAACUGUAAACUAUUGUAGAAUGUUUCAGCAGCCAAAACACGGCCCACAAAACGAAUCCUUCAAGUUACGGACUUCAGAUCAUUAGGUGGCAACGAAGGCAUCAUACAAAGUGUCCAGAGCAAAAUGCCCACUUAUGUUUAUACGCACUAGCGUACACACCAUGUGUGGACAUACCCGGCAAGGUUUUGCCAACUAAGGUACUGUCAUGCACGUCAUGUAUAGUAAGAUGGUAAGCCAUGAAUUAUUAAUGAGCAGGUGCUUUUGCACCGAGUGCCUUUUGAGAUGAUACAUGUACUGAGAGACGAAGCCGGGUUUUAUCACCAAAGCGUAAAGACAAAAGGAAAGUGCAUCUUGAAGAUGAUAGAAACUUUCAUUCAUUGCUUCGAGGAAUUGAGCAUACAAACCGGUAGACAACACGGAAUUGCAUCUUCAUAGACAGAAAUUCAGUGUUCGUUGUACAACAUCAACUGGCUUUUAGGCAAAAAGGAUGACAAUAUGUUCAAACCUUUUUGGCCGCUUUACAUCUCUCAAAAUAUUUUCUCGUUACACGAAAGCCAAAUUGUACCCAAGGGGACAUCGUUGAUGCUUGUUAACGGUGGUACUUCAAACUUCUUUUAUCGCAUCUACGAAUGAUUGUACACUACAUCAAGUUCAUAUUUGUGGAAAAACAAACUCACAGAGCUAAUCAACCUUCUCAAAGAGGGUGACGAUUUGCUUGUAAAUGUUUUCAUAAACAGGCUCUUUCAUGUCCAUGUAUCUCCUAAACUGAUUGUUUUUAUAUGGCAUAACAGCUAUUUUUAACUCAAAUAAUGGUCUUGUGAAAUUAAAGCUCAACUUAAAUCAUUGAUAUCAGAAUGCCGGUCAUGGACGUGCCUUUCACCAUUUGACUUGUGAUCUUUAAGGUGGUCGGAAAACUGUUAUACACUAUCGUUUUCAUUUCACAUAGGGAUAAGACUAGAAACAUCAGUUAGUGCACAAUUUAUUGUCUCAGAUGUUCUAGGUCAUUUGUAACAUUUGUAUUAUAGUAUUUUUUCCAGUUCUCUUUAAUCCCUGACAGCAAGGCCAAAAACCUAUUCUUGAUAUGUUUUUAGCUCUCUGAAUGCCUGGGUACUCGUGGCCAACUUUACCCUUGACAUUAGCACACCAUUACGUUCGUGUAAGAGAGAAUACGAUUACGGUAAUGUUUCCUGCUUAGGGACACGGGGAAAACCACUUUUCUUUGUUCACAUCUGUAUCCCUGGGUACUUCACUCCAAAUAACCAGUUUCUGGUUUCCGGAUCCAGAUGCAGAUUGCGACUAUGAAAUGUAUUUUUGUAUCCAUUUCCAGACAGGUCCUAAGCGCAUGCAUUUUUACGUAACUUGAAACCAUUUCGUCCUUGAAUUACGAACGGAAUGGAGCACAGUGCUUGCACGGACAGGUUUCGAAAAAGUGGCUGCACUUGGUGUCGGGCUGCUAAAUUGAUUUUUACCUAAUAGUUUUGCAACCGUGAUAAGGGCCUUGGUUUUGCAAGUGCAAUCUCGCUCUGGGUCCAGUGUGCCAGUGCCGUGCGAAGAGCAAACGUCACUGCAUUUUAAAAAUGCUGAGAAUUAUUAUGAAGUAAUGUUGACAUUAUAUGGAUUGUUGAACAUAGAGAUAACACGCUUUACUUGUUCGAUCAUUAAAACUUCUUGUGUCGUAUGUCGAAUGAGA